AUGGAUGAUGAAGAAGAAAUAAAAGAAAAGAAGGCAGAUAAUAGUAGUAGUUUUCCUCUUUCAGAAAAAGAUAAAAAAAAGAAAAAAAAAAAAAAAAAAAAAAAGAAUAAUAAUGAAAAAAGAGAAAAGGAAAUUAUAGAAGCCAAGUCAAAUAUAGAGGAUAUUUUUAGUAAUAUAAAAGUUAAAGAAAAUAAUAAUAAAAAGGUAAAGGAAGAUAAUAAACUAAUAAACAAAAAUGAAGCAAAUAAAAAAAAUAAUAAUAAAAUAUCAAAUAAUAAAAAAAAAAUAGAAUCAGAAAGAUUGCGUACUCCAGACGGAUUACCCAUAUAUUCUAUGGAUGAAUUAAAUAUGGGAAAGGGUGGCUACACAAAAAAUUGUCCCUUUGAUUGUAACUGUUGUUUCUAA